UUCGGUCCGCGAUACGAUUCGGUGUAAUCUCCGCGUGCUCUGGACUCGAGCGAGCAGUGCGAAGCCGGUAUCGGCUGCGAGGACGCGCGCGCGCGCGCCUUUCGAUCCCGUUUCACGUUCAUCGUAGAGAAAAGUGCGCGGACACGCGUGUCACGACCCUCGUCUCCAUCGUCGUCGUCGUCAUCAUCGUCGUCGACGUCCCGUCGAUCCUGCGAUCGAGAUCCCCGAGUGGAGAAUCGGCGAACGAGUACGAGUGACAGGCAAAGAUCGGUAGGCGAGCGAACGCGCGCGAUGGACGCGCGGUGAGACGCGCGCAGCGUUUGCCGGAGACGACGAUAGCCGAGAGGUUGGAGAGGAGAGCGCGUGGAGAGUGGUCGGUUAUCGCGGGGACAUUUUUGCGGAAUCGGAACGACGAGUGAACUGGAACGCGGCCAGAAAGGCAGAGAGACGUUGCACGGGAGCGAAAUUCGCGAUACUCUGGUUCGCUCGCUUGGAUCGCGCGCGCCAUCCGUACCACGUGGUUCAACGGUGAGAUCCCGUCACCGUUACGUUGAUUCUUCGAGAGUCGCGGAGACUAAUAAUCGCCUUUGGCGAUCGAACCGUGCCGCCGCAUCUAGCUCGCGCGUUCCACACGCCACCUCUAGCACCGGCGGCGUCGUAAACCGCGCGCGGUCGAUCAUUAAUGUCUCGAUCGCGGCAACGGCCAGUCGCGGAUCCUGCUCAGACGACGUGGUGCCGCCGCGAGUUCGUCGCGAUGCAUCGUUGACCGAGCCGGAGCGCCCAACCCCACCCCGCGUUUUCGCCGACGAAAUCUCGCGUCGCUGGGAUAAUAAUGUAAGGUGCACCGUGGAAGACGACGCACGGCUCCGAAGACGAAAUGACGCGCGACAGCAGGCUGGUGGUGUUAUUCUUCGUCCUUCUGAUGGCAUACGGUCUGUUCGUGGUCGAGGCUAGUAGGCAUCCGCGCGAGAACACCGCCAACGACGCCAGACACAGACACAGGCACCGACACGAGUCCUCGAACGGGAGAAGAAAUCGUCAUGACCUCGUCCUGGACGGACCCCGAUCCUCGUCUUGGUCGCAGGAACUCGACUACGAGGAGGACUCGGUGUUGGCCGCCGCAGAUCGAGAGAAUCGAGAGGACGAGCAGAGGGAGGAAGAUGAUUACGAAGCUCGGUCCUAUUACGAGAGAUCCUAUCCUCUACGAGGCUCGAGGAUCGCCGUUCACGGGCGGAUGUUCGAAUCGCGUUACCCGACUAGGUAUCACCGAGGCGGUUAUCGCGGAACCGGCUGGUACGACGAGGACGACGAGAGACGCAGAGGUUCUCCUCGAUACCAGCCCGGUCGCGGCUACAGGCUGAGGUCCGACAGCAGGACGAGCCAUCGCAGGCUCGUCGGCUAUUCGAGAAAUCGCGAGGCCGAGUACGACUCGAACGAGGAGGAGUACGACUACGAGAAACCGCGCGUCCACAACGAGGACGACAGCGCCGACGGGCAUCGUGCUUGGUGGAAAAACGGCAGGAAGCACAGGAUCGCGGUUUCCAGGUACGCGAGGAAGAGACAUCGCUCCGACCAGUCGGAGCCCGCGAGAAGAUUCGACGAUUGGAGGAGAAGAUCGAACUCGACCACCGAAUCCAGACUAUCCUCGUAUUCGAAGACGGACAACAGGAGGAGGAUGGAGAAUUCCGACGACUACGAUUACCACGUGGACGACGCGUACGACGCGGAUAGAGAUGACGAGGACGAGGAGAGUUGGAAGGAGAGCGAGGACGAGGACGAGGACGAGGACGAGGAGGAGGACGAAGAGGACGAGGAGCUCGACAACGACUUUUACAAGAGCGAGAAGAAACCGCCGCUGAAAACUUACGACGACAUCAUCAAAUGGUUGACGUCCGACGAUCCAACCACGCCGAGACCCACGGUCAAGCGGGACUAUAGAAACAUCGAGGUAGACAGAUAUACGAAGCGAGACGGCUACGGGAAUUUCAAGUACGAGCCGAGGAACUACACCAGGCCGGUGAUUCACGAACGCGGCAAGAACGUCGGCUCCUCUGCCUACGUCAACGCGGCUGCGUCCGGUUCGCGUCAGUCGACGCCGAGAAAGUUUGCCGAAAAUUUGCCAGGCAAACUGUUGGGUUCGUUGAUCGAGCGUAAAUCGCCGAAGAACGUCGGUAACCUCGCGACCAAGAACAAAGCCGGCUCCUCGAAGAUGGACGAUAAUCAGCCAAAGACCAAGAGUCUCGAGCAGGAUUACGACGAGUACGUGAACGCGCCGGACAACGAGAAGGAGGAGGAUCUCGCGAAGGCUGGAGUGGACGAGGACACCGGCAUGCAGGCGGACGUCACUAAUUCGAACUACGCCGAGGACGGGGACGAAGACGAGACCCCGGCCACGACCAGCUCGUCGACGACCACGAGCACCACGACCACCACCACCACCACCACUACCACCAGCACCACGCCCAGGCCUGCGGUUACGCAGAAUUACGAUUACCGGGACCCGAGGGCGUACGAGGGUGGGUCUGGGGCACAGUACAACGGGUAUCAAUCGAAAAACGACUAUCCCCCGAUGUCGGCGCACAGCGUUCACAAGUGGCAGUCUCUGGGCACUCGAGAGGGCGUCAAAGAAACCAGAAGCAACAUGCAGCAGUACAAUAAGAACGGGAAGACGGCGGAAAUCCGAGAAGCACUGCAGCACGCGAUCAAGGUGUCACGAGAGGGCAGCUGCCAAUGGCCACGGCCAAGGGUGAUUCCGGUGCGCGACGUCUACCCGAGCCCGUCCACCACCUACGUCCCGCACUGCGCCAUCUUGCACAGGUGUUCGGACGAUACCGGAUGCUGCAGAUCGGAAGCGCUCACCUGCGUGCCGAAGCACUCGAACCGCGUCGAGCUCUCCUUCUACACGACGAACGUGGGCGGCGGCAGCGUGGUGGAAAAGCUGUCCUUCUACAACCACACGGAAUGCGAGUGCCGGGAGAGAAGCGAAUACGACACGAGCAACGAGAAACCCUCCGAGCAGAGAGUCUACAGGCACCAUCAGUCCUCCCCGCAACCUCAGAACAUGAGAAGGGCACAGCCGAGAAAGCCGUGCCGGUGUCCCUCCGAGUUCACGCCGAGGAUCACGUCCGAGGGCGAGUGUUACUGCAAUUGCUACGAGACCCAUCAGAACUGCAUCAAGAUCAAGCGAGGGAAAGGCUACUUCUCGCUCGCCGAUAGACUAUGCAUUCAGAACGAGGAAUGCGCGACACCUAGCUGCGAGUUCGGCGAAUACAUGAGGCGACAGGGCAAGUGUCCGCGGAAGAAGGACAAGUUCGACGCGAUCGCCAAUUACCACACGAACAUGAACCACCGGUACAGGAGCUAGAGCGCGACGGGAGUGCGACGGAGAGAAGCAAGUGCCAAUGAAGAGAAACCGAGGAGAAAGAGGGAGAAGGAAGAAGUCGAGAAGCGCGCGCGCCGCGAAUGAUCGACGGUGCCAUUUUCUUUACGAGUGCCUUCUGCGAGAGACUCGAUUAUGUAUAUGUAUCCUUCGAGGCAGUUAUAUAUAAACGUAUUCUGCUAUUUUCGGCGUCCAUCUUGACGCCGUGUUCUGUCAUCCCUAAAUUUUUUUCUUUUUUUUUUUUUUUUUUUUUUUUUUUUUUUUUUUUUUUUUU